AUGCCCGGCAACAACUACACUGUCACGAGCACGGGUACCAACGACCAGGGAAACCACUACUGCCAUCGCGACAUGGACGACGGUAGCAGCGCGUACCACUACUCAAACCAAGAUGGGAGCUACUACUAUAGCAAUGCAGACGGCUCGACCUACUACAACAGUGGCGACGGCUAUGCUAGUUACUCUAGCUCCAAUGGGGACACGUCCGGGAAGAAGUAG